GAUUGUAUGCCACGUUCGAGGCUUUUUUGAUGUUCACAGGAGUGAUGCUUCUAGUCGCUAACACUUCAGUCUCUUUCGGUUACAUUGUAUCGGCAGCCGCGAACUCAGUUACCACCGCCUUGGCCAUCGCCCCGCCUAUGAUGAUACCACUGCUUAUGUUUGGCGGCUUCUUUCUCAACUCCGACUCUAUACCUGUGUACUUUAUUUGGUUGGAAUAUCUGUCCUGGUUCAAGUAUGCGAACGAGCUUCUUUCUGUAAACCAGUGGGAUAACAUAGAUUCUAUAGACUGUGAGAAUAGUACUUCAUCAGGAUCACAAAACCCGUGUCUGUAUAAAUCCGGCGAACAAGUGAUUAACUACCUCAAUUUUGAUAAGGACAAUCUUUGGUUGGAUGUUGGCUGUCUGUUUGCCAUGCUGGUGGCUUACAGAUUGGUGGCAUAUAUAAUACUUCUGAUUAAGGCUAGGAAGUCAAAACAAUAGACAACCAUACCAAAAAGAGACGCUUAGAUUCAAAGGGACGUAAUUAGUGUUUGUUUAGCCAUUUGUUUUGUGUGGCAGUUGUCGCCCUUGUAAUACAUUAUAAAUGAUAAAUAUCACGUACAGAUCUUGUUACAUGUAUAAAUUUGUUUUAAAUUUGAUGUAUAAUCUAGAAAAAGGACUUGGUAGUUUUUUUACCAUAUAUUUUAAACGAGACAUUUUAUAAAAUCCAAUAAAUGCGAGGAGGAAUAUAGUUCAAACCAAACUUACUCAUAUGCUUGUGAAUAAAACGUUAUUAUUAAUUAUUGAGUAUUGACCUGAAGAGUCAGAAUUCUAAUGAAAUAAAACAUAAGAAUAUUAACAAUGAACUUUGAAUUUUAAUACUAAAUACAAAAGAUUAUUAUAAUUGUGUUUCACUAGAGUGAGGUCACUAUGGAAAUGAAAUGAAUUUAAUCGUUUUUUUGUCAUUGAAAAUAAUGAUUUAGGACCCAGUAAAACAAUUCACAGGGUAAAGUGAAACAUUGUUUUUGUUAUCAAUAUUCAAGCUGGCUUUCUGAAAGUCAUUAUUUUACCCCAAGUGCCUGCUUUUACCUAACAUAUGUCUUUUAGUGACUUUUAAAGCAGCAUGCCUCCAGAUUUGUGCUCAUUCUCAUAAAAACAUUUGAAAUGUAUAUAAAACUAAAUAAUUGUCAAAUAAACAAAGAAAUGUCAUUUACACAUUGCAAACAGCACUUGAAAACUACGAAAAUUGACAAAAAAUAAAUCAGAAUAUGCAAAAUUAGCCCUUAAUACGUUAGUCACGCAGUAGAAAUAUGGUGAAAAAAUACCUAAAAAUCAGUCAUAGAUUACAUAUAACAUGAAUUCAUUUCUUGAAUUGUGAAUAUUUUUACUUUUCUUAUUAUCUUAGUACAUUGUUCUCAAGAUUAAAUUUCUUGAAAUAGUUUGGCUCAUCUGGAAGCAUGCAGCUUUAAACUAUCAAAACUGGAAUUUAACCAUAAUUAUGAUCACGGCUCGCUAUAGUGGAAAUAUUAUAGUCACAGGGGUUUUGUUGUUAUUGAGUUAUUCAGGUUUAACAAGAAUAUUCUGCUAUUAUUUUCCUUUGAGUUUAUGAGAAUAAAAUGUGAAAGACAAUCAUAAAUAUGUAUCCCUAAAUUUGUUAAAAAAAGGUAUAAAAUAUAUUGUGUAUGGUAAAUCUUACUUCACGUAAAAGAAGAAACAGUUACAUCUUUCCUCUCACUAUUCUAAAUACUCUAAUGUUUGUUUAAAAACAACACAUACAGUCUUGUUUUUUACAUUAUGUUGAUAAAAAAUCGAAAGUGUUUCAUAUAGUUAAUAUAUGUAAAGUUAAUUAAGCUAGCAUAAGACACUUACAAUCUACAAAAAUUGCAUUAAAAGUUUCAAAAUAUGCAAUAAUAGUCUAACUUUUAAAAAGCCUUGUAAAAGUUAAUAAAUCACUUAAUUCAGUCAAAUUGUGUAUGCAACAUGAAAAAACGAAAAAACAAAAAAUGAUAUAUGGAUCGUGACCAUACUUUUCUUAAAGUCUAAAUAUUUUUUUGUUUUUGUGUGUAAAAUUGGAUUUUUUUAUAUUUUCUUCGCCUGUGUGAUAGUGCAGCGCUUUGAAGAUAUUCGCCAACAAAUUUAAAGUGACUCCACUGAAGGUUUUUGACAUGACUUGACUGGAAAUAUUUCUUUUGAGAUUAUUUCUUCAUUUGAUGUAGAUAAAUACUAAUAAUUUUUGUGCAAAAUAUCAGAUGAUUAGCUCGCUCCGUUUUUUCCAGAAUAAUUCUUAUAAUUUAGUGAAAAAAGACCCAAACGCUUUUCACUCAAAUCGAACUGGGAAUAGUACAAACAUAUGAUUUUCAAUAUAUUUCUUGUAUAAUUUUUGCUUAUAUUUUAUUUAUAUUUCUGUUUUAAGUGCUAAUGUUUAUCUAUGUGAAAAUAAACUUUUAUUUUUAAGGCUUUUAAACAUCAGUAAAGUUCCUUUAAGAGUUUUAGCCUAUGUUAUAAAUUAAUGUAAUGUUGUUAAAUGAAUACUUAAUAUUGUUGUUAUUGUUGUGAUUAAAAUGUUUCUGUUUACCAGUAAAUGAUUUUGUGUAAUUUAAGCGUUUUAACAUGUGGUGUGAUUGGCAGAAUAUGACAAAGUUUUGGCGUCUAUUAGCCCUUACAAUGGGACCAAUACGUAAACAAAUGGUUUCAACAAAUUGGUCUCAAAACAAGGAAAUUAGUUUUUUGUUGUAUUAUGAUGUUUUAUGUAAUAUUUUGUUAUAUUGUUAAAACUACUAUCAUUGCAAUGAAAGAAUGAAAAUGAAAUUCUAUCCUAUUUAGAGCUCGAACUAUCUAAUAGGUCAGAGGUAUUCUAGAGUUUGUAACAUUGUUUACACCAUCAGUACAUGUAUGUACAUAUUUUGCAAGCUGUAUUUAAUUAAAGAAAACAAAUGUGUAUUUUUAUAAAUGUAACGUUACAACCACUGAUUUAUAUACUUAUUUUACACCAAUUUAUCUAUCUAAUUAAGGUUUUGGCCUUAACUUGACUUGCCAUUAUUCCAUAUAUUUUAUUAUAAAAUAUUUAUCACUAAUCAAAAUACAGUUGUAUAGUUUAUUUAUUUAUAUAAACACAUAUUAAAAGCACUACACUAUAAAGAAGGAAAACUUUUUUUUGCCUAUCUUUGUAUUUAUUAAUAUAGAUCUGUACGGUUCGCAAUAACACUUUCAUUAUAGACAUAUUAUGCCUCAGAAAUCCAUAUUUUUAUAACUCUAAGCAAAUAUCAAACAUGUGUUUAAUAAUGUUUUAAUAGUGGAUUAAGAGCAUGUGAGAUCUUUUACACGUGAAGUAAGUAGCGUUGGUUGUGCUGAAAUGUCAUAAAAGUUGCCAAAUGUGAGCAAAGUAGUUUUUUGACUUCCAUACAAAAUACUAAUUCACUACUUAUAUCCAUUGCGAACAGAUCUAUAAGAGCAAAAGAAAUUCUAGUAUAUGGCAAAUUAGUAUUAUUUUUUAACUGUAUCUAGAUACAAACAAAUGAAAACAAUUUUUUUGAGAAAUAAUAAUGCUUGUAUUUCUCAGGUAUAAUGGGCCUUUAAAGGAAGAAUUGUUAUGUCCAGAUGUCCAUAUUGGAUAUUUAGCCUCGGUUUUGUUAUUGCUAAUAAGUUGUUUAUGUUAUAUUUUUUUAUUUUUGUUCUGUUUUUGUUUUAUUUGUGUGAGAUCUACCGUUAAACGGUCUUUACCUUUUUUAACAUUUGAAGCGUUCAAGGAACAGAGAUCAAAUUCUGAGAUAAAUAAAAACAACACCGAAGUGUAUUUAAUGCAGUAUUAGAGAUAUAUUGUUAAAUAGUAUAACUUCAAAGUAUGUUGUUCCAGCAGUUGUUAUUUUUUGUAAAUAAAAUCUAUUUUGAGAUUUA